AUGGCCUCGAGGCCUGUGGCGAUGAAGAGGGCGAAGCAAAACCCACUGAUACGCAAGCCUAAGAACGUCCCAUACGCGCGCCACGGGUCUUCUUCAUCCAGGCCCCGUCUCGACAGGGCAGUCUGGGCUCGGUGCUUGAAGGACUUCGUGAACGUGACGACUAAGCAGGUGAUCGUCAAGCUGAAGAAGGACAAGCUCUUGCCCGAGUGGAAGGGCGCCACGUGCCCUUACUGCGGGGUCGGCACGCUGGCCCCCUUGAAAAACCAUGGCAAGAAGAAGGGCGGGUGGUCCCACAAAUGCACGAGCGACAGUUGCCGACGCUACCUCUUGCCACACGCUUUCCACCCGAUCUUCAAGUGUGGCACGGGAUCGUCGGGGGAGCGCUUGGUCGACCAGGCUGCCGUGCUGUUCCGCGCCGUGGCCCAGUGCUCGCAGGCGUCGGCUCGCCUCUUGCUCAAGAACAACCACAAGAUGGCAGAGAGCAUUUACUCUGCGCUGUACGCGGAGAACAUCGUCUUCGGCAAGGACCAGGACGGCAAAGCGCUCGAGUGGGCGGACGUCGAGGCGGACGAGGUCGACGCGGUCAAGGGCGAGGACCCGAACGCUGACCCCCGCGCUCAGAAGCCCAUCACUUGGGAACAGCGGGGCGGCAUCGUGCAGCGGGGUAACCCCAGGUCGUUGGUCCUCUUCAGGUUGAAGCCUGAGAAGGCCAAGCGCGGGGCGCCUGGCCCAGGCCCAAUUCGGAAGAGAGAUUGGGCGCCCGUGGCGUCCAAAUGGCUGAAAAACCGCCGUGUCAUCUUGCACACAGACGGUGCGAGGUCGUACAAGAUGAAGGUCGGCGACGUCUUGCACGACUGGGUUGUCCACAAAAAAAGGGGUGCGGGUUGGCGGGAAGUGGGUGUGGCUGAAGCCUGCUUUCACGAAGGUCCGCUACCACGAUGUGCCUGA